AUCAAUGGCGGGAUCGUAGGCGCGACAUUCUUCAGCUGCCGUGAAUACCUCGUCAGCCCGUUCCUCUUGUCCGCACUGGCAGACACCUCCUAUUCGCGGCGGAUACGAGAGAUCCAAGAGCAACGUGCAUCGGGCGUCCGCACUGGAGAGAAGCUGGGCUGGUGGGACAUGCGGAUGUACAGGGUGCCAGAUACCGCGCUUAGCGGCGCAUUCACUGGCGCCGUGCUGAACGCAUGGCGACGCGGGCGCACGGGGAUCGUGCCCGGCAUCACAACGGGAGGCAUCGUCUGCGCGAUCAUCCAGUUCGCGUUCAACGAGGUCGGCGUCGCACGGGUCAAGUACAUCUCAAAGAAGCUGAGAGCACAGCAAGAACCCACGCGAGCACCCAUCGCAUCUUCCUCGUCGCCGUCAGGAUCCGUCGAUGCAUCCCCAUGGACAGCGCGCCUGGAUCGUCUCCUGACUUUGUUCGGGUUCACCAGGAUGUCUGAUGAGGAGUACGUGACGAAGCUGAAGGCAAAGAGGGCUUCGUACCUUGAGCAGAUUGCCGAUCUCGAGAAGCAGGUUGAGGAGGAGAACAAAUCGAAGAAAUCUGGGUCUCAUACGGGUAGCUAG